AUGAUUUGGACUAUUUUAAUAUGCUAUUUCGUGACAUCUGUACUUGGGAAUAAGACAGAGGAAAGGAUACCGUUCUUUCAUGGACAUGUAUUCGAGAACUCCGAGCCGGGAUCCAAAGUAAACGGUCUCAGCAUCCCUGUGAAGCGGGUUGACGCGCAGAGAUGGUGUUCCAACUCCGGCAUGCAUCUGAAACUCUUGGGAGACGGAAGUAAAGAUUUCAAUGUAUUUGCCCACCACAAACACGGACACAUACUUCUGAAAACCUCGAUCGUCCUGGACAGAGAGGAGCGCUCCGAGUACCUGCUCAGCCUGGGUCUGUGCUGCCAAAGCUGCACCACCACUGACCUUGUGGUCGCAGAAGUUGCAUCUGUGAAAGUGGACGUUUUGGACACUAAUGACCACGAGCCAACAUUCCCUAAUGCUGAUAUAAAAAUUCAUCUGGACGACGCCACUGCUUUGCGGUCUGUGGUGUAUAAAGUGACCGCGGAGGAUACAGACCACGGGAAAAACGCUGAACUCAUUUACUUUGCUCUUCCCAAAAAUUGCAGUUUCUACGUCGUUCCAAAAACUGGAGAUGUACUGCUUGUGGACUCUAUAUUGGGUCUUACCGCCCCCAUAAAGUUUAACGUGUUUGCGAUGGACCACGGUUGGCCCUCACGGACCAGUCAGAGUAUUGAAAUAGAGAUUAAUCCCCGGCAAUGGCCAGCGGUUCGACAGCCAUCCCAGGGCGAACCGAAAAUCAGACUACCUCGGAAGUCGAGGUCCCUGCUAGAGUCGGACGAGCCGGUUGUAAUAAAUGUUUCCGAGGAUGCCAGUAUCGGUUCUGUUGUAGUGAACUUAUACCCAGUGAGGUUUCAGGCUGCCAGCUUUGAGUUGACGGAUCCCGGUGAGGACAGCUCGCCGGUCACGGUGAGUCGGGACAGCGGAGAUAUAGUAAUUACACGGCGCCUGGACCGGGAGACGGAUCCUCUCGUGGAGAUUACUGUGAAAGUUCAGGAUAAAAGAGGUCCAGACUGGUACCUGAUACGGGUGGAGCUGACGGUGACUGAUGUGAAUGACAAUGUUCCGGAAUGGACCAUGGUUCCCUCCCCCUACCUGGCAGUGGUAUCUCCCAACGCCCUGGCCGGGUCACUGGUCUACAAGCUCCACGCCCAGGACGGAGACGAGGGCAACAACGGGGAGGUGGAAUACUUCCUGUCUGAUGGUGGUGACGGGCGUUUCGAGGUGGACAGAAAGAGUGGUCAUGUCCGUACUACGGGGCUGCCACUUCAGAGGGACAAAGAGUACCUGUUGACAGUGGUGGCUGCUGACCGGCUGGGUAGCCGUAGUCCCCCGGUGGUAGUGUCAGUCAUCGCAGGAGCCAGAGCGCCACAGUUCUCCAACGCAUCCUUUACUAUUUCACUACCUGAGAACACACCAGAGAGACAGCCCUUCCUGGCAACUCCAGCCGUGUCCUUCCAGAAGCAGCCAAUCAGCUACAGCCUGCUCAUCAAUCCCAGCAGUCUGUUCAGCAUGCAGGCGGACACGGGGGAGAUCACUCUGACCAGGACCAUAGACUUUGAGAUGGACCAGCACAGCUUCCUGCUCAUGGUCAGGGCCAGCGAGGACCAGGACAGUCUGAGCAGUGCUGCUGAGGUACGUGUGAUCAUCACAGAUGAAAAUGACUGCGUUCCUGAGUUCCUGCAGUCCAUUUACAGCAAAGACAGUGUGCCGGAGACUGUAACCACAGCAACCUCUCUGUUACAAGUGUCUGCCAGUGACUGUGACUCUGACCUGAACGCCGAGUUGUCCUACUACACUCUGAGCCCAGACUUCAGCAUCUCUCCCCACGGCACCAUUUUCCCCGCAGGGCAGCUGGACUAUGAGAGGCCCAACCACCUGUAUGAGUUUGUGGUGAUGGCUGUGGACAAGGGAGAUGUGCCCCGGACAGGUACAGCCACUGUACGCAUCCGCAUGGCCAAUGUCAACGACGAGGUCCCCGAGUUCUCCCAGCAUGUCUACCGGACCUUUGUCUCAGAGGACGCUGGGCCUAACACACUGGUUGCCACGGUGCUUGCCAAGGACCCCGACGGUGAUGGAAUCACCUACAAAAUCACAAUGGGCAACGACGAAGGCAACUUUGUUAUCGACAGCCAGAAAGGUCUGAUCCGGCUGCGCUCCAGCCCACCUCCCAGACUCCAGGGGGUAGAGUACAUCCUGAACGUCACAGCGACCGAUGACAACGCCGCUGGUGGCCCCCAGGCCCUCUCGUCCACCGCCCGGGUCAUCGUCGGCGUGGACGACGUCAACAACAACAAACCUGUCUUUGGGAAGUGCCAGCAGUACCGGGAGCGGACAACGGUGCUGGAGAACCAGUCUGCGGGAACGUUCGUCCUCCAGGUCCACGCCGUGGAUGCAGACGAGGGCUCUAAUGGGAGAGUCACCUAUGGAUUCAUGCACAAAGACAGCACUGUGCCUGCCUUCAGUAUCCACCCAGACACAGGUGUGAUAGUGACGUCCAGGAAGUUUGACCGCGAGCGUCAGCGGGAGUACGCGGUGACGGUGACCGCCACGGACCAGGCAGCAGACCCCCUCAUAGGGAUCUGUCAACUCAACAUCCUCAUUCUCGACGAGAACGACAACAGCCCCAAGUUUGAGAACCUACGCUAUGAGUACUUCCUACGGGAGGACACAAUGAUUGGCACCAGUUUCCUGCGUGUGGCGGCCCAUGACGAUGACUACAGCACCAAUGCCGCCGUCUCCUACUCCAUGUCUAAAGAACAGCCAGAGUACCUGAGGGUGAACCCUCUAACCGGCUGGGUCUACGUCAACCAGCCCAUCUCACAGAGGACCUACAUCACCCGGGAAAUAGUUGCCACGGACGGGGGGAACCGGAGCAGUUCGGUGGAGCUGUCCGUCACCAUCACCAACGUGAAGAACCAGCCUCCGCAGUGGGACAGGGACAGCUUUGACGUGGUCAUCCCGGAGAAUACCGUCAGGGACACCCCCAUAGUGACUAUCAAGGCCACCUCUCCGCUGGGGGACCCUAGAGUGACCUAUAACCUGGAGGAUGGGAUGGUGCCGGAGACCAACAUGCCUGUACGCUUCUAUCUGACCCCUAACCGUGAGGACGGCUCUGCCUCCAUCCUGGUGGCUGAGCCCCUGGACUAUGAGACCACCAGGAACUUCAUACUGAGGGUCCGGGCUCAGAACGUGGCUGCAGUCCCUCUGGCUGCGUUCACUACGGUCCAUCUGAACAUCACAGACGUGAACGACAAUGUUCCCUUCUUCACUUCCUCCAUCUACGAGGCGUCGGUCACAGAGGGGGCGGCGGUGGGGACGUUUGUCACGCAGGUGUCAUCCAACGACCUGGACCUGGGACUCAACGGAAAGAUCUCCUACUCCCUGCUAAACGACCGCAGCGGGGACUACCAGUACUUCCGGAUUGAUCCUGAGCUGGGCUCCAUCUACACAGAGACCGUGUUUGACCGUGAGACCAAAGGCUCCUACCUGCUGGAGGUCAAGUCAGUGGACGGCUGGGAGUCAGCACGGCCCGGGAAACAUGGACAGCCCAACUCAGACACGGCGUACGUGAGAGUUUUCAUCAGCGAUGUGAACGACAACAAGCCUGUCUUUGCUCAGACGGUGUAUGAAGUCGACGUGGAUGAGGAUGCAGACGUGGGCUUUGCCAUCCUCACUGUCAGUGCUAAUGACGAGGAUGAAGGCGCCAAUGCUAAGCUGCGCUACCAGAUCACGUCUGGCAACACUGGCGGGGUUUUUGACGUGGAACCAGAGGUGGGCACCAUCUUCAUCGCCCAGCCUCUGGACUACGAGCGGAACAAGGGCUACAAGCUGCUGGUGCUGGCGUCGGACGGGAAGUGGGAGGACUAUGCAGAUGUGAUGGUCAACGUGGUCAACAAGAACGACGAGGCGCCAGUGUUCACGGUCAACGAGUACUACGGUUCUGUGACUGAAGAGCUGGAUGGAUCGCCUGUGUUCGUGCUUCAGGUAACUGCUACUGACCCAGAUAAGGAUGCUGACCAGGAGGCCCUGCGGUACUCCCUCCAUGGCCAGGGAGCCGAGAGCGAGUUCAUUAUUGAUGAGGUGACGGGGAAGAUCUAUGCUCAGAGGACUCUGAACCGGGAGGAGCGGGCCGUGUGGAGGUUUGUGGUCCUUGCCACAGAUGAGGGCGGCGAGGGUCUGACCGGAUUCACUGACAUCAUCAUCAACGUCUGGGACAUCAACGACAACGCGCCCAUCUUCACCUGCGCCCCCGAUUGUCAUGGCAACGUGCCGGAGAACUCUGCCCCCGGCACCUCUGUCAUGGAGAUGACGGCCACCGACCUGGAUGACUCGGCCGUGGGCCAGAACGCUGUGCUGUCCUACAGGAUUGUGGGUAAUACGGGUACAGGUGGCGGCGGCUCUGACAUGUUCAGCAUUAACCCGUCCACGGGCACCAUCUCGGUGGCAAUGAGUGGCCUGGACCGGGAGCAGGCAGAGACCUACCUGCUGAUGGUGGAGGCCAGGGACGGGGGUGGCAUGAUGGGCACGGGUACCGCCACCAUCAGGGUGACAGAUGUGAAUGACCACGCACCCAGGUUCACCAAGCGAUCCUGCCUCGCCAGGGUUCCUGAAAGCAGUGAGCCCAACGCGGUGGUGCUGGAGCUGUCUGCUGAGGACUGGGACACAGGCGAGAACGCCCAGCUCACAUUCAGUGUGGUGGCAGGAGACCCAGAGCAGAAGUUUUCCAUGGUGAGCCAACGGCAGGAGCAGCGUGGCACCUUGAGGCUGAAGAAGAGGCUGGACUACGAGAGGCCCAGUGAGCAGCGCUUCAACCUCACCCUGAAGGUCGAAGAUCUGGACUUCUCCAGCUUUAUCCACUGUGUCGUAGAGGUAGAGGACUGUAACGACCACGCACCCAUCUUCAUCGCGCUCUCCCAGCCGCCAGCGCCCCUGCCUGAGGACGUGCCCGUGGGCAGCAGCGUGGCCAGGCUGACAGCCAGCGACUCUGACUCGGGCCAAAACAAGGAGAUCACCUACAAAAUCCUCCAGGAGUCAGACCCUCUGGGCCAGUUCUCUGUAGACCAGUCUGGUCUAGUCACUGUGACCAGCGCUCUGGACAGAGAGACAGCAGCGCAACACAACCUGGUCGUCCUGGCUUCUGACCACGGCUCUCCGGCCUUGACAGGCAGCACCACCAUUCAGCUGGCCCUGCUGGACGUCAACGACAACGGGCCGGAGUUUGAGGCAACGUACGCUCCAGUGGUGUGGGAGAACGUCUCUGGUCCCCAGCUGGUCAGACUCAACCAGACUUCCACACUGCUGCGGGCCGUAGACCGAGACUCACCAGAGAACGGAUCUCCAUUCUACUUCAGCCUUCCCUUAGAGCUACACCACAGCAACGACUUCUACCUGCAGGAUAACGGAAACGGCACGGCCACCAUCACAGCCCUGAGGGCCUUCGACCGUGAGAGGCAGAAAGAGUUCCUCCUACAGAUCAUCAUGAGUGACAGCGGCCAUCCACCCAAGACGGUCACCAACACUCUGACCAUCACCAUAGGAGAUGAGAAUGACCAUGCUCACCAGGCGGGAGAGAAGGAGAUUUUUGUCAACAGUCACAGAGGGAGGAUGCCGACCACUGUCCUGGGGAAGGUCUACGCCCCGGAUCCUGAUGAUUGGGACAACAAGACCUAUACCUUUGAGGGACAUGUGCCCAAUUACUUCAUCCUGAACAAGCGGACGGGAUUCCUGAUCAUUAAGGAGAACACUCCCCCGGGCAGCUACGAGUUGCAGGUGUGUGUGUCAGACGGCGUGUGGCCAGACGCCGUCUCCGGGGUAACAGUGUAUGUGAGGGAGCUGCGUGAUGAGGCCAUCUACAAUUCUGGAUCCCUGCGCCUGGCAGACGUCACAGCGAAGGAGUUUAUUGAGCAGCAUGGUAGCUUGAGGAGUCGCUAUGAACUGCUGGUGGACUUCCUGUCAGAGAUGUUGGCGGUGGGCGUUGAUGACAUCAACGUCUUCAGCCUGAUGGACGUCAGGGAGAGGACACUGGACGUGCGCUUCGCAGUGCACAGCAGUCCCUUCCUCAGAGCAGAGAGACUACACGGAUACCUCGCUGCUCACAAACAAAAGCUGCAGUCGUUCCUGCAAGUGAACAUCAGCCAGGUACAUGUGGAUGAGUGUGCCAACACCGACUGUGGCGGCAGCGGCGGCUGCUCCAACGUGCUGAGCGUCAGCGACACGCCCACUGUGGUGGAUUCUGGGAGCCUGUCACUGGUGUCCGUGACGGUGGAAUCCACGGCAGUAUGCAGCUGCUCCGGUAGAGAACACGUCCACAAGAUCUGUUCCUCCUAUCCCAGAAACCCCUGCUUCAACGGGGGCAUCUGUGUCGACACUCAGAGCGGGUACAGAUGCCAGUGCCCUGCGCAGUUCGAGGGGCCAGAGUGCCAGCAGACCAAACACAGUUUCCAUGGCAACGGCUAUGCCUGGUUUCCUCCCAUAAGGCCUUGCUUCGAGAGCCGUCUCUCCCUGGAGUUCAUCACAGAGGUUGCAGAUGGUCUGCUGCUCUACAGCGGGCCCCUGGCCCAGCUACAGCCAUGGGACCUUGAGGACUUCAUGGCCAUAGAGCUGAUCGAUGGCACUCCCACACUCAAGAUAAACCAUGGCUCGGGCACACUGGUCUUGCAGUUGCCAGGCAACGUGAACGUGGCGGACAGACGGUGGCACCGUCUGGAUGUGAGGAGCAACAGUAAGGAGGUACGCUUCACACUGGACCGCUGUGCCGGGGCCACCGUCAUGGAAAUGGAGGGAGUGGGCAGCUGGCUGACCACAGAGGACCACUCAUCCUGCGAGGUCACUGGGGUUACGCCCAACCUGGACAGGCACCUGAACGGGACCCAGGUGUUACAGCUGGGUGGAGUCAAUGAGGACCUGCCCUAUGUCUACCCGCAGUUACAACACAAACACUUUACUGGCUGCAUCAGGAACCUCGUUGUGGACAGCAAGUUCUAUGACUUGGGCACUCCAGCUGACUCUGUGGGCAGCUCCCCAGGCUGUCUGACUACGGAUGGGAGCUGUGUCAACGUGGGCAUACCCUCCUGUGGCCCUCGGGGGCGCUGCCAUGGAGAGUGGGGCUCCUUCAGCUGCCAGUGCAUACCGGGGUACACUGGGAAUCAGUGUGAGCACGAAGUUCCAGAGUAUUCCUUUGAUGGGCGGAGUCAUGUUCAUUACCAGUUGGCAUCUCCUCUGCCAGCCCGGCGGACCCAGGUACAGGUUCUGGUCCGGACCCGCAAACAUGGUAGUGCCAUCCUCAGCCUACUGUCCAAGGAACAGACUGAAUACCUGCGCUUAGAGAUCUACCAGGGCCUACUGGCUGUCUUCUAUAACCUAGGAGAUGGAGACUACAACCUGACACUGCCCUCCUAUCGCCUUGACAAUGGCGAGUGGCACGAGGUCUACCUGGAUCGCAACGACAACGAGUUGACCCUGCGUCUGGACGGGGGCGGGGGCAGACGGGAGACCAGUGCAGCUCCAAGCCGGAGCCGGGAGAUCAUCACCGACCCUGCGGUGGUGAUGCUGGGAAACGCCUUCCCCUCAGGCUCCAACAAGAGCUUCCAGGGUUGCAUUCGGGACCUGAGGCUGAACGGUCGAUACGUGCCUCUGGAUGGCCAGUCCAGAGACGGGGUCUCCGUGGUCAGUUCCCAGGGGCUCUCCUUGGGCUGCUCCUCCGACUCCUGCAAGAGGAACCAAUGUAGCCCCCCCUUCACCUGCGUUGACCUCUGGAGAGUCCAUGAGUGCAGGUGCCCCCCUGGCCACAUGGUGAAGCUGAAUGGUACGGGGAAGUUCUGCAUCUACACCCUGUGUGCCAGUCGGCCGUGCCACCGGGGCACAUGCCUGGCACAAUCGCCCUCCAAGUUCACGUGCCACUGCCCCGAGGGCUACCGGGGGCGCCACUGCGAGGUGGCGCUGGCCAUCUACCGAGACGACGUGGGACUGAGCUUCAGCUCCCUGUUCGCCAUUUGCAUCUGCUUCAUGGCUCUGCUAGUGCUGCUACUGGGCAUCUUCCUGUACACCCGCUGGCGCAGCUACAAGGGCCUAAAGGAGGGCGUUUACCACGUGUCAGCUCACCAUGACGGCUGGGAGGACAUUAGAGAGAACGUGCUCAACUACGAUGAAGAAGGAGGAGGAGAGGAGGACCAAAAUGCAUAUGAUAUGGCCGAGCUACAGAAGUCUCUCCAGCCCAGUCCGGCCCAGUCUGUCCAGUACACCCGCUCCAGGGCCAUCCACCAACAUCACCACACCCAGCACCAACAGCCCCAGGACACUCUUAGCAGGUUGGGCGCCAGCACCGCCCCUUCCUCCUUCACCACCACCCUGCGGAGGGAUGUGCCCCCCACCAGGUCCCUCGCCCAGGGCCAGAGCAGGCCCCUCCUGCUGGCCAGAAAGAGCCUGUCCUUCUCCAGCCAGGACCUGGCCCGCUACCUGUGUGAGAUCAUCCGGGACGCUGACCAGGCCCCAGAGUCGGCCCCCUUCGACUCCCUGCAGGUGUUCUCCACGGAGGGGGGAGGCUCGCUGGCCGGGUCCCUCAGCUCCUUCAGCUCAGCCGGGCUGGAGGAGGACACGGCUAGGGGCCAAGACUCCCUGAAGGAUUGGGGCCCACGUUUCGAGAAACUCAAAGCCCUCUACGAGAAGACCGAGGCCAGCGACCUCUGAACGCUGAGGGAGACAGACCAAGCUACCGUGCUGCAGAGACCACCAAACAGCAGGAAACUACAGAGCUACAGUAAACUAAUUGGACGCAUAGGAGGAGAGAGAGAAGUUCAGGAAGGAGAGAGAGACUGAUGGAGAGCUUGGCCUCUCUCCUCUUGGAGUGACUUGUUCUCCACAGGGUUUUUUUCUCUAAACGGGCCUAGAGCGAGGCUGAGGCUGGGACUGAUGUUAACCUAACCAGGCCUAUAACUGAGACUCACUGUUCACUGGAUAAUGGGAGCUGCCAAUCAAUGACAUGGACAGAUUAAUUAUGGCACUUACCGAGCAUGGCACACAGACCUAUUGCAGUGGCUUGCUGUUGACAAUAAUUUGGGUGAAAAUGUUAUUAUAUUUGUCAGUGAAAUGAAUUGCGAGGAUUGCCUCGCACCUCUUGGCCCUUGAUAUAGCAUAUUCUGUUCUCUAUGUCUGUGAUACAUCAGUGUUUUGAAAAACUGCUUAGACAUUUGAUACAGGAAUAGUUUUUUCUGUGGCCUUCCAGUGGGCUCUCUUUCCAAAAUCUCUUUGCUGGGUGUGCAGUCACAGUUAACAGUUGUGCUCGUAUGUUAUAUCCUAAACUUCUCCUUCCUUGAUUUGGUUUUCUAUUCACUUCACUCUCCCCUCCAUUCAUUUAUAUUCACCGGAGGGAGAGAGCUCAGAAAUCAAGCCGGAGAGAAGAAAAGGAAAGGACAGAGGAGCUGAGGAAAGGGCCUUUUCUGUUUCUCAGCUUUAACCUUCUUUCUCAGGAAUACCAAACAUUCUGAACACCACCGUUGCAGCACAGAACCAUGCUAUGAAUACAAAUGACAAAUUCACCGUGAAUGGCGGUCCAAGGUGAAAAAAGUGCAGAGAGGGUCGCGCCGAAGCCUCCUAUAGAAUUGACAGUGGACACCCGCUGACCAUCGCUGCUGUUGCCAUGGCGUUGUGAUAGUGGAGGCAGCUAUAGUUGACUGUGUUCACUGAUAUAUGUCUGGAAGGGAGUGUUUGCCAGUUGUGUUAAAGGGGUGGUGGGGGCGUUCACAGUAAACAGUAUGAGCCCAGUAGAUUGAACGAUCAAAGGGAAAUGAUCCAGCUACAUGGGUAGUCACACUAAGGAUCUCACCCAGUGGGGUUCAGCUAUUUAUCUUCCCCAAAGCUGGAGGAUGAUGCCCCCACAAACAGUUCCCCCCUAUCAUAUAAACCAGGACCAAUCUGCCCAAACUAAAAACCCUUCAGAAGUCAGCGUUCACUGCAUUUGUGUUGUUCACCUCUGCUUUGAGAGAGUGGAGAGUGGAGGUGAAAUUAGCCAAAGAAUGCAGGGAGGAAGAGUGGAAAGGAGGGAAGGUUUGUGCUGAUUCAAAGCACCUCCGGGACUCUGAGUUAAAUGUGCUUGUGUGAGGAGCUGUGAAGCUCCAUGGGGAGUAGAGAAGGGGAGAGGGAAAGGGUUUUGGAAAUGGUUUGUUGCACAGCAAAUGGAAUAAAUAAGUAAUGUUACCUUCCUCUGCGAUAGACUAAACACCAACAUUGUAUUUCAUGUAUUUCAAGGUAGCAUCAGCACACCCUUCUCAUUAUUUUGAUUUACUUAAAAAAAAACAAAUCAGUGCAGAAACGCUGCAUGUUAAGCGUGACGGUACAACAGUAAAGGGUAGGAGUGUGUUAAAAACACAUCAGCGCACUAAUCCUAAUGGGAGUUGAAGGCAGAGCUGUCAUGCUGUAAACCAAAGGAUCAUGGGAGUUUUAAAAGUCGAUUGAGAAGUCGACAUUCUGAUUACGGAUUUCAAACGUGCCAAUUUUCUGAAGGCAGCAAGAACGUGAGUUUAAAAUAGGAUAUAGGGAGGUGAGGGAACGGAACGCUGCCGGAAUGCAAUGCUUUUUCAUAGGCAUCAAAAGCUCCUCAAGGGAUGGAGUUUUGAUUCAUCCUCCGAGCACGGUUGGCCAGGAACCUGGCUUAUAGAGGAGCUAGUAAAAAAUAAUGAUUAAAAUGUGAAGAUUGUGUUUGGGAUUCACAGGAUUUCUCUCUGGGUUGCAGAGAAAAGAUUCUACUUUAAUUUGUAUCAUAAAUGGCUUCAACAUUGUCUAAUGGAUACAAACAUAUUGUGGAAUUUUAUGUUUUUACCUCAUUUGUAUAUAGGAAGAUAAAGUCAUUGCUUUUUUUAAUGUGUCAAUGGAAGAACUAUGGAUCACGUACUGCUUCUUUAAGAAAAAGUGAACUUAUCUUUUUUUUUUAUCAUUAUCAUGACCGGCUUUGAAUAUAGAUAUCUUGGUGUUUUGUAUUUGCAUCAAUCUUUUUUCUCAAUAAAGAUGAACUUAUUUGAAAUCAGUGAUUGUCCUGAUUGUUUGCAUUAAGCAUGAUGUGAGUUUAUAGCAGGGUUCCCCAAAUGGUGGCCCGCAGGCUGAAUUUGGCCCGCACGUGGUUUUAUUUUUGUGCUCCAAGUUUUCUGAGCAAAAAUGUCAUUGUUUUAACAUUAAAAAAAACUAUAAGAACA